AUGACAGAAUCAUACUACGACCUGGGAUCCUAUCAGUUUCCCGUGACAACAUCCUCCGCAGACUGUCAGACCUGGUUUGAUCGCGGGUACAGAUGGGCCCAGGGAUUCAACCAUGAAGAAGCGGCCCGUUGUUUUCAGAAGGCAAUCGACUUCGAUGAAAGCUGCGCGAUGGCAUAUUGGGGUUUCUGCUACGCCAAAGGACCAAAUUACAACAAGACCUGGAUUAGAUUCGACGAUCUUGAUGUGGAGGAGACCAUUACGGCCGUGAAACCAUUUUUGUCCAAGGCCAUCGAGCUCAGCUCACAAGCCAGCCCACCAGAGUCAGCUCUCAUACAUGCUCUCGCAUCCCGAUUCCCGCCGCACCACGCCUUUUUGCUCGGGAAUUCUCCAGAUACGGCUAAAACGCUGGAUCAUGAAUACUCCCAAGUGAUGUGCACGGUUUACGACAGAUUCCCGAGCCACCUGGAUGUUUCUGCACUGUGUGCGGAGGCACUGAUGUGCAUUUCCCCGCGGGCUCUCUGGAGCCUACGUACUGGGAAACCAAAAGGUCCUCACACCGAGAAGGCACGGGAGAUUCUUGAAAAGGCCAUGAAGUUCCCUGGCGCGGAUAACCUUCCGGCAUUGUACCAUCUCUACAUCCACCUUAUGGAGAUGUCACCCUACCCGGAGAUUGCCUUACCAGCGGCGGAUCGGCUGCGAUUCUUGGCUGGAGAUGCAUCCCACUUACAGCACAUGCCAUCACACAUCGACAUUGCUUGUGGUGAUUAUCGCCGAGCCGUUGACUCGAAUCAUCAGGCUAUUCUGGCUGAUAAUAAGUACUUUUGCCGCGAGAAUGGAUCAGUCCUUUAUGUCAUGUAUCGUGCACACAACGUCUACGUGAAGCUUUACAGUGCCUUGAUUUCUGGGCGCUCCCAGGAAGCCCUUUCGUCCGCGGCGCUCUUAUCCGAAAUCCUGACCCCGGAAGUCCUCGCGAUAAAAAGUCCCCCAAUGGCAGAUUGGACAGAAAGCUAUCUCGGCGCAAAGGUUCAUGUUAUGGUACGAUUUGGAAUGUGGAAGGAGAUUCUGGAACUUCCCAUCCCAGAAGACACCGAGCUGUACUGUUCUACCACAGCAAUGAUAUACUAUGGUCGUGGAAUUGCGCUGUCGGCCCUUCGUCGAAUUAAAGAAGCAAAGGUGGAGCAGGAAGACUUCGAAAAUGCCAGGAUUCUCGUACCAAGAACGCGCCUCAACAGUUUGCCAGUAGUGGAGGCCGAUGUCCUUGAAGUUGCCUCUCUUAUGCUCCAGGCUGAAAUUGAAUAUCGCCAAUUUUCUGGUGACGCCUCCUUCCGAACUCUACGAUUGGCUGCAGUUAGGGAAGAUGCACUGCCAUAUGCGGACCCACCGCCUUGGAUGCAGCCAACUCGCCAUGCUUACGGUGCCUUACUUCUAGAGCAAUGUUGCUUUAAGGAGGCAGAAGUGGUAUACCGGGAGGAUCUAGGCAUUGGAGGCAUCUUGCCCAGACGCCAGGCGAGGCUGAAUAAUGUCUGGGGUCUCCAUGGCCUUCACGAAUGUCUGGUCAGACUUAAGAAAUGCGAUGAGGCCAGAAGUGUCAAAGUUCAAAUGGAUAUUGCUUUGGCUUCUGCGGAUAUCAAGAUUGAGGCCUCUUGUUUUUGUCGGCUUUCGGCCGUUGAAAAUGGGGAUAUUCUGAAGGAAACUGAUUACUGGAAAUAUUGUCUCUGA